AUGGGCUCGGAGGCAGGCUGGCAGGCUGAGGGCAGAAGAUGCAGAAGAGGUGAAUUGGAGGCUAAACUGUGGUACGCUGCCUCACAAAGGGAUCGGCCCAGGAGUUGCCGUGUUGGAGGGCGAAGAGAGGGCUGCCAUGGCUGCCAUGGCAUUUGCGCCUGUCAGUUGUCGGCUAGCAGGCCUGUCGGUCCACGCCAAUCCAUGGCGCCGCACCCAAAUGCCACGCCUGCAACGCCCCAGUCUUCCACCACGGCCACCUCGGCGGACGCCGGACGCGACGAGCGAGUCGAAUCGCAUCGCAUCGAGUCGAGUCGAGUCAAGUCGGGUCGCACAUGCUGCCAGCCUGGCCGCUGGUCCGUCUGCUCGCCUGCCUGCCCGCCGCCGCUACGGGACGACAACGCCUAUUGCAAGGACGGACGCCUGCGUACUUUUGGUUGGGAUACGACAACGGCUCUAGCCUCCUCCAGCGACGCCCUCGUGACGGCGAAAUGA